UGCAGUCAUUUCUAUACAAAGUGGGUUUUAUUUAGAGGGGAAGUGGUCAAAACGUCAAGUCAAAACGACAUUAACUACAUUUUGUGACAAAUGUUAUUGGACUGACCCGUUUGUUACUCUCAUUUCAAAGGCUCUCAAUAAGUGACACUGACACGAUCAGUGACAGUGAAAAGUAAUAAAAUGACAGAAACACGUUUUAACAAUACAAACUAUGUGAAAAUAUUGCUUCUUUUCAUCUUUUCCAAUUCUUCUGGUAUCACCGUUUUAUUGAGGAGAAAUUCUAAUUAAACACUGCAAUGGCGAAGAAAGGGAUGUGUUGUGGUAAAAGAACACCACUUAUUCUUAUUCUGACGUUUUGCAUUUUUGUGAUGUAUACAAAUAUCAAAAGCAUCAAUCAAGUAGAAAAAAGCACCUCGCAAAUGAAACGUCAGUUUGAUGAAUAUACAUACAACGCUACAAGGAUAAUAAACUUAACAAAGGCCUAUAUAAGUAGCUUGGCUGAUGGAUUGUUACAGAGGAGCACGGAGGAACAUCAGUCUGCAAAGGAACACAUGGUACAGAGAAAAUCACAUCUCUCCAAAAUGUGCGAGCUGUUCCGACGUUCAACAGAAUACGAGAACCCACAAUUGUUUUACCGCUAUCCCCAAACCUACAUUCGCAAUAUAACAUUCCCAACGUAUCCAUUCCACCUACUCUGGUGUCCAGUUUUCAAAGCUGGAUAUACAAACUGGAAUAAGACAUUUCUUGAUUUAGAUGCUAAGUUGGAUCCUCGAUCAACAGAUAUAACAAAUAGUUCAAAUAUUGACACUAAACAUCACCAUGUGAGAUUUCUGAUUGUACGCAACCCCUGGGAGAGAUUGUUAUCGGCAUUUCUGGAUAGAUUAGAGUAUCAUCCCCAAAUGAAAUCAUUUCAACGGGAUCACUUCGGACGCCUAAUAAUGGCCAAAUACCACAAUGUCAAUGCCUCGGCGUUACCUUACGAAAAGAUCAAUGUGACGUUUCAAGAGUUCUUGCAAUUCAUAGUAGAUGAGCCCCGACAGACAAAACAUCAUUUAGCUGACCAUUGGGUCCAAUAUUAUGAAUAUUGUAAACCUUGUGAUAUAGACUAUAAUUACAUUGGGAAAGUUGAAACGCUAUCGCAAGAUGCAAAUUACAUUUUAUAUAAACUGGGAUUCAUUUCUGCUCGAUUCAAAGAUCAAAAGGCACAAACUACAGCGAAAAUGGUGAAAUAUUAUGAAAGCAUUCCUUGCUAUUUGAUGGAUAAAUUGAGUCUAGUGUUUUUCUGGGAUUUCAAGCUAUUUGACUAUGACUUGAAGUAUCCCGCAUGCAGCGAAUAAUUCCGAACAUAAAUAGUGAAAUAAUAGUUCACAAAACCAAAAUAGAUAGACAGAUUACAAAACAAUACUUCUUCGCUAUUAAAUGUUUAUUCAUGACAAAAAUAAGUUAUGAUUAUAUGUGUUACAAUGACUCGGCUUACACAGUCCACCCUUCACCCUGAACAAAGAGGUUUAAAACCUCUACAAAAAGUUACCAACACAAAAAAGAAUAACAUGAAAUAGAACAAAUGCGGUACAAAUAUGAUGUUCACAGCAAUAUGUGUC